AUGCAAAAAGAUGAGGUUCGUGACAAAAGCAUUCAAACAUUAACAGCUCAAAUGGGUCAAUUAGCAACCGGCGUGGCGGAGUUGAAGAAGAACAAAGGUCAACUUCCUAGCGACACUAAGGUAAAUCCUUCCCAUAGCUCGUCACGAGGUCACCAUGUUAGUGUUUUAAGAAGUGGCAAAGAAUUUAAAGCAAAUUUGUCACCGGGUUUGGUUGAUGGGGUGAUCGAAGAUAUAACGGGUAAUGAAAGCGAAGAAGAUGAAGUUUCACCACCUAUUGUGUCUAAAGAGGUUAAUGUUGAAAAAGCGGGGUUGGGUGAAAGUGAAAAAGAUAAAAAAGAUGAAAGGGAGACGAGUCAAGUCCCAUUUCCAUCGGCUCUACUUGACCCGGGUAAGAAAAAUUUUAUUUCAUCAAGGGGUCCCCGAAAAGAGGAGUUGUGGGACAUUUUCAAACAAAUUAAAGUUAACCUUCCAUUACUUGAUGCAAAAAAACAAGUACCCGCUUACGCUAAAUUUUUAAAAGAAUUGUGCACACAAAAAAGACAACAAAAGAAAAAGAUGCCUAAGCGGGUCGACUUAACCGGGCAAGUACAUGCUUGUGCACUAAGGGUUGAAGAGGAGAAACAAGAUGCUAUGGCAUUGAAGGAGGGUCGACCGCCAUGGACCCACCAAUUUGAAAGCUUGUCGGUGGAAAUAAAUUCGGGUACCAAACCAUCAUUGGAAGAACCACCAAAAUUGGAGCUCAAAGACUUACCAAGCCAUUUGAAGUACGCAUUUCUAGGGGAUAAUGACACUCUACCGGUCAUUAUUGCCUCUAACUUAGAGAUGGUACAAGAACAAGCUCUAUUGGAAGUCUUGAAAGUGAACAAAGGAGCUAUCGGAUGGACGAUUGCCGAUUUAAAAGGGAUUAGUCCAUCAAUCGUCAUGCACAAGAUCAUCACCACCGAAGAUGCAAAACCAACAAGGGAAGCACAACGAAGAUUAAAUCCGAACCAACGGGAAGUGGUAAAAAAAGAGGUAAUCAAGUGGUUAGACGCGGGAAUUAUCUAUCCUAUUUCGGGUAGCGCUUGGGAUGUUCCAUUUGAUUUUAUUAAUGAGUUUUUGCAAGCAUUUAAUGUUUUGAAUGAACACUUGGUAAAAGCUCCCAUCUUGCAACCGCCGGAUUGGUCAAAGCCAUUUGAAAUCAUGUGUAACGCAAGCGACACUACAAUUGGUGCAGUUUUGGGUCAAAGAAUUGAGAAAAAGCCGGUGGUGAUUUACUAUGCAAUGGUUGUGUACUCGGAUCAUAGUACGGUCCGGUAUUUGAUGGAGAAAAAAGAUGCGAAGCCCCGUUUGAUCCAUUGGGUGUUGUUGCUACAAGAAUUCGAUUUAGAAAUUCGAGAUAAAAAAGGAAGUGAAAACGUAGUGGCGGAUCACUUGUCUCGAAUUCUGGUGGAAGGGAUUGAUGAUUUGAGCGAGAUAAACGAAAGAUUUCCCGAUGAGCAAUUACUAGUCGUGUCUACUUUUGUUGCACCGUGGUAUGCCCACUAUGUGAAUUACUUAGCCACGGGUGCCAUCCCGAAUCAUUGGACCAAGAAAAGACAACAACAAUUUAUGGUCCAAGUGAAGCAAUAUAUUUGGAAUGAGCCGGAGCUUUUCAAGAUCGGGCCCGAUCAAGUCAUUCGGAGGUGUGUGCCCGAAACGGAGGUGUUAGAGAUCUUGACUCAUGCCCACUCAUCCGCUUGUGGAGGUCAUUUUAGCGGGCAUAAAAUGGGUUACCGAGUUCUUUCGUGUGGGUUUUAUUGGCCCACAAUUUUCAAGGAUGCAUGCGAGUUUGCAAGGAAUUGUGUCAAUUGCCAAAGAAUGGGAAGUAUUUCAAAGAGGGACGAGAUGUCAUUUCAACCGAUUUUGGUUGUUGAAAUAUUCGAUGUAUGGGGCAUUGACUUUAUGGGUCCCUUUCCGAAUUCUAAUGGGUUCUUGUACAUUCUAGUGGCGGUGGAUUAUGUCUCGAAUGAUGGUGGGUCGCAUUUCAAGAAUUUCAAUUUCGGAAAACUGUUGAAGCGGUACAACGUGAACCACCGGAUUGCUACACCGUAUCAACCGCAAACGAGUGGACAAGUCGAAGUGUCCAACCGUCAAAUUAAAGAAAUUCUUAUGAAGACGGUUCGAACGGAUAGGAAGGAUUGCUCAAGUAAACUUAAUGAUGCGUUGUGGGCAUACCGGACGGCCUACAAAACUCCAAUUGGUACAACACCUUACCGGAUGGUGUAUGGAAAGGGUUGUCACUUACCAAUGGAGUUAGCUCAUCGGGCACAUUGGGCAAUCAAGACGGUGAAUGCGGACUAUGAUGAAGUGGGGAAGAUGCGGAAGUUGCAACUAAGUGAGAUAGAAGAAAUUUGA